ACGAAUUGACCGCCAAUUUGUAAACAACCGUAGAUUUGAAAAUUUUAGGUCAUUUGCCGGCAAUUACAACAUUAUCAUCAUCAUCUUUAUUUUGUCGUUAUAAUAUACACUCAAUAAGAGAGAAUAGAGUAGUUGAGAGCUGUGGAGGAAACUUUUUUUUGGAAAAUUCUUCGCUUUAUACAACCACAGAAGAAACUUUGAACAAAAUUUCAUCACGUGUUAUUGCCAUCAUCAUCAUCAUUAUUUGCUGAGAGUACUUUCGUAUUAAUUAAUAGUAGAUUUAUUGAAGUUCUCUCUCUAUUCGAAAUAUCAUUAGAAUUUGAUAUUGUAUUAUAAAAAAAAAUCAUCAACAUAUUAGAAUGGCAUGCUUUGGAAAGAAGGAAUCUUCUUCAUCGUCAUCGAAAAAGUCGUCCCAUGUCGUAAAGACACCACCAAAGAAAAUAUUAUUGUUGGGAGCUGGUGAUUCAGGAAAAAGUACUAUUUUCAAACAAUUGCAAAGAAUUUAUAAUAAUGGUUUUCCUGAGGAAGAAAGAAUUCUAAAGAAGAAUAUUAUUUAUGAAAAUGUGUUGCGUAACAUGAUGAGUUUAAUUAAAGCAACGCAUACCUUUCAAAUACCUAUUCAAAAUGAAGAUAAUAGAGAAAGAGCUCUUAAAAUUGACCAACUUUCAUCAAAGGUUUUAUUGUCUAUUGAACGAGUUUGGAGUUCGGAACUAGGUCAAGAAAUAAAAGCUCUGUGGGAAGAUCCAGGAGUGCAAGAAACAUUCAAGAAGAAGAGUUCAUUCCAAAUUGAAGAUUCUGCCCAGUACUAUUUCGAUAACUUAGAUAGAAUUUGCCAAAAUGAUUAUAUACCGACCGAAGAGGAUAUUGUCAGAGCUAGAAUGAAAACAACGGGCUUAAUUGAACAAAAAUUCCAUUCCCAUGAGACAGAUUUUGUAAUGAUUGAUGUGGGUGGUCAAAGAAACGAGAGAAAGAAGUGGAUUCACCAUUUUGAAGGUGUGGACGUUGUUUUAUUUGUGACAAGUAUGAGUGAAUUUGAUCAAAAAUGUUACGAAGACGAUCAAACUAACAGAAUGAAGGAGUCUUUACAAUUAUUUGAGGAUCAUAUCAAUUCUAGAUGGUUUACUGGAGCUCAAGUUUACUUGCUCUUCAACAAGUAUGAUUUAUUUGAACAAAAAAUUAAUACCGGUGUCAAACUUUCUGACACAUUUGAAACUUAUUCAGGCGAAAAGGAUGUUACUCUUGCCAGAAACUUUAUCAUUAAUAUGUUUACAUCAAAAGAUAUUAACUCUAAAUUAGUGAAUGUGAGCUGUGUUACAGCUCUUGAUAUUACAGAGCUCGGAAAACAAAUCGAUUCGAUAGUGAAAUCCAUCAUUACUAGAUGCAAUCCACAAAUGUCACAAUCACUAAACUAACAAGUAUUAAAAAUCCCAUUUAU